UAUUAUUGUUUUGCAUCUCAGUUUGACAGGUUUUUUUUUUUUGGACAGACUUGUGGAGGUCUCGCAUAAUGCAUUAUCCGUCUUCUUUAGAAACCUCUGAAAAAUCGAUAUAUAUAUAAUUAGAAAGAUAUAUUGUAAUCAAUAAUGUGUGUAAAUAUUGACGAUAAACAGGCAUGUUGUUAAAUAAGUCAUCGUUCGGUUCUUUGGUGACUUUGAGAGUAUGGGCCAGAUACAAAUCCAAGGUGGUUAAAUCCGCUGAAGAAGCAUUGGAAGGUGUUGAAGGUAAUAUUACCUUAUUAUCAGGUGGAUUUGGCCUCAGUGGUGUACCCGAUACUAUUAUCAAUGCUAUGAAAGGAAAGACGCAUCUAAAUAAUAUUACGGCUGUUUCCAAUAAUGCUGGUUUAGAUGGUCGAGGUUUAUCUCAAUUAUUAGUUACGGGCCAAAUUACCAAAAUGAUAUCCUCAUAUAUUGGAGGUAAUAGAACAUUUGAAAAGAUGUACUUGACUGGCCAGAUAGAUCUAGAAUUAACUCCUCAAGGUAAUCUUGCUGAAAGAGUUAGAGCUGGAGCUGCUGGUAUUCCUGCAUUUUAUACUCCAACUGGAGUGGGAACUUGGUUACAAGAAGGGAAAUUGCCGGUUCGUUAUAAUGAAGCUGGAGAUCAAGUUUUGAAAACUAGCAUUCCAAGAGAAGUCAGGGAAUUUAAUGGUAAGAAGUAUCUAUUAGAGCCAGCUAUUUUUGGAGAUGUUGCAAUUAUAAAGGCUUAUAAAGUAGAUACUCUUGGAAAUUGUUGGUUUAGAGGAUCUUCUAGAAACUUCAACUCUGCAUUUGGACGUAAUGCCAAAUUAACAAUUGUAGAAGCUGAAAAUAUUGUCGAACCGGGAGCCAUUGCGCCUGAAGAUGUUCAUUUACCUGCGGUAUAUGUUAAUAGGAUUGUUCAAUCUGUGACUCCUAAAGAUAUCGAGAUCUUCAAAUUUUCCGAAGAUAACAAUGAUACUGCCUCAGUAUCUGAACAAUCCGAAGCUGAUGUCAAACGUGAGAAGAUUGUAAGAAGAGCAGCUCAAGAAUUCAAGGAUGGAGAUAUUGCUAAUUUAGGAAUCGGAAUGCCAACAUUAAUUCCUAAUUUUAUAUCACAUGAAAUUGAUGUAACCUUGCAAUCAGAAAAUGGUAUUUUGGGUUUAGGACCAUAUCCAAAACGCGGUGAAGAAGAUGCAGAUUUGAUUAAUGCAGGUAAGGAGACUGUAACACUUAAACCAGGUGCUUCAUUAUUUGGUUCAGAAGAAUCAUUUGCUAUGAUUAGAGGUGGAAAAAUUGAUUUAACUAUAUUAGGAGGAUUACAAGUUUCAGAUAAAGGAGAUUUAGCAAAUUGGGGUUUACCAGGAAGAGUUAAAGGAAUGGGAGGAGCAAUGGAUUUGGUAAGUAAUCCAAAAUCCACUAGAGUUGUAGUAAUCAUGGAACAUGUUGAUAAAAAAGGUAGAUCAAAGAUCUUAAAGGAAUGUAAGUUUCCAUUAACAGGUCAACGUUGUGUUUCUCGUAUUAUUACUGAUUUAGCUGUAUUUGAUAUUAUUGAUGAAAAACUUAUAUUGAUAGAAUUCGAUCCAUCAACUACACUUGAAGAAAUUACCAAUAAAACAGAAGCUGAGUUUAUAGUUUCACCUAACUUGAAGCCAAUUACAAUUUAAUUGUAAUGUUUACUUUGUAAUUAUACAGUCUAUAUAGUUAAUAAUAAUUGGCCUUAAUAUUACUGCAAAUUAUGGAUUAAAAAAAAAAUAUUUAACUCUCGCUUCCUGGUAUUAAAGGUGCACCCCACAAAGAUAAAGAUUAUAAAAAAUAAAAAA